UCGUCUCAAAUUAAACCCCUACCAUGAACCCAAAUCCAUGGCGAAGCUCUCACCUUUCUCCUCCCUCGUGCCUUGUUUUCCCUUCUUCAUCCUUCUUUUCCCCUUCUUCUCCUCUUCCUCCUCUGCCGCCGGCGUCUCCGCCUCGAUCGGCGACCUACUCCGGGACCACGGCCUCCCCGGCGGGCUCCUUCCCAAGGCCGUCGAGUCCUUCGCCUACGACUCCGUCUCCGGCCUCCUCGAGGUCCGGAUCGACGGAACUUGCUACGCCCGGUACGAGGACGGGCUGGCGUUCUUCGACCGCGAGGUGCGCGGCAAUCUCAGCUACGGCGCGCUCCGGGGGGUGGUCGGGUUCUCGCAGGAGGAGCUCUUCCUGUGGCUCCCCGUCAAGGGGAUCGUGGUGAAGGAUCCGUCCUCCGGCGUCAUCGUGAUAGACAUUGGCCUCGCCCGCAAGCGGCUUCCUGUCGCCGCGUUCGAGGACCCGCCGGACUGCCUCCCCGGACUGGAAGAAGCGGCGGGCGGGCGAGGUGAGUGGAUUAGCCUAAAAAAGAUGAGAUCUUGGUGGACGUUUCGCUUCUGGAUGGGGAGAGUUGCUUGGCAGGAAAGGCUUUUGGCAGGAGAGAUAAUAAUUAAGUGGUAAAUAGAAGAGAAAGCUCCAAAAUCUCCUCGUCUUCCUUAAUCAUAUCUUCUUAAUCAUAUCAUCCUGUAAUGUAACUCAUGGAAAGUGGAAAUAAAUACUCUUUAAUGCAA